UUGAAACAUAGCAAUCGAACUGAGUUGGCAGCACAGACAGUCGCACACAAAGUGCUCAUUUAAUUAGUUCGCAUUUUGGACGACGAAAGUGGUUCCAGUCUUCAACUUCGAAUCCAACCAAUAAUCAGGCGAACUUUCACUGAAGGCAGCGUUUAUAUAAUACAUACAUACAUACACACGUUUUUGUACCAGAAAUGAGCAGAAAGUUAGUGUUGAUAUAAAAUUCUAUUAAAAUCUAUCAACCACAGUACUGACAGAAUAUAUACAUUUUUUCUAUGACUAUUUGUAUAGAGCAAUACUAAUUAAAAUUUGAAUAGAAAUUUAAAUUUAGCUUCAGUUAGUGUACAACUCUCAAAGAGUAUGUUCCACCAGACAACAAGAACGACAACAACUGGAGUCAAACAAGCUAAAGCAAGCAAGCACAUCGAUAUAUUCCAAAUCACUCCAUUAGCGCAUAGUUAGAAUAUAUAUUAAAGAAAUUUACUGACAACAACAACAGCAGAAACAACAACAGCGAAAGCAAUAAACGACGAACCUCAGCAUUAAGCAAAAAGAUUUACUACUAAUAUAUAUCUAGAUCUAUAUACACGGAUAUAUAAAUAAACAAAAACAGAAUAGUUGUAUAGUCCAGAAUCGGAAGUAUUCAAAAUUAAUUUCAACAAAUAAGAAAAAAAGAAAGAGUAAUAGAAAUUAGUUUUCGUUGUUAGUCAUUAUCUGAAGUUUUAGUUGUUUGAAUUGAAUAAUAUAUGUAUAUGUAUAUACAUAUAUAAAUUAAUAUACAUUUUGUAUAUGAUUGUAAACGUGAGUGCAUUGAAUUUUUAUAUCAAACUAAAAUAUUAAAAGUCGCAGGCAUCAGCUGUCCUGAUAAGUGUUUUUGUAUUAAUGUGGAGAGUAGCUGUAGAGUAGUUAAUACAACAUCCAUUGGACACUAGCAGCAGGAGCAGCAGCAGUAGAAGCACUUCAAUAGAUAGAGAGACAGUUAAGUAGAUACAUCAGUAGGUAGCUAGCAUCUGGGUGAAAAUGGACGAGUCACAACCAAAAACGUUGUACGUUGGCAAUCUGGACAGUUCGGUUUCGGAGGAUCUGCUUAUUGCACUCUUUGGCAAAAUGGGACCAGUUAAAAGCUGUAAAAUCAUAAGGGAACCAGGCAAUGAUCCGUAUGCCUUUAUCGAAUAUUCCAAUUACCAGGCGGCCAGCACUGCACUGACGGCCAUGAACAAACGUGUUUUUCUAGACAAAGAGAUCAAGGUCAACUGGGCCACUAGUCCGGGCAACACGCCCAAGACAGACAUCAGCUCGCACCAUCAUAUAUUUGUUGGUGAUCUCAGUCCAGAGAUUGAGACAGAGACGCUGCGCGAGGCUUUCGCGCCUUUUGGCGAGAUAUCAAACUGUCGCAUUGUGCGCGACCCACACACCAUGAAGUCCAAGGGCUAUGCCUUCGUAUCGUUUGUAAAGAAGGCCGAAGCCGAGAAUGCAAUUCAGUCAAUGAAUGGCCAAUGGAUCGGUUCACGUAAUAUACGCACGAAUUGGUCAACACGCAAAUUGCCACCGCCACGGGAAUCGUCCAAGUCAGGUGGCCAAGGUGGCGGCAUGGGUGGAAUGGGUGGCGGCGGCGGCGCUGGUAAUGGCAUUAAGAACAACCAACGACACACCUUCGAGGAGGUCUACAAUCAAUCAAGUCCCACAAACACCACCGUUUACUGUGGCGGCUUCCCGCCAAAUGUUAUCAGCGAUGAGCUGAUGCAUAAGCACUUCAUGCAAUUUGGCCCCAUACAGGAUGUCCGUGUUUUCAAAGACAAGGGAUUCGCGUUCAUCAAGUUCGUUACAAAAGAGGCGGCGGCACGCGCCAUCGAGCAUACGCACAACAGCGAGGUGCACGGCAAUCAUGUCAAAUGUUUCUGGGGCAAGGAAAAUGGUGGCGAUAACUCGGCCAAUAAUGUUAACGCAGCCGUUGCGGCGGCUGCCUCUGCCAAUGUGGCCGCCGUGGCGGCAGCAAAUGCGGCCGCCGCCGCAGGUGCAGCUGGCAUGCAAGGCCAAAUGAUGACACAGCAACAGAUUGCCGCAGCCACUGGGACAGCGUUACCCGGCCAAAUGAUGACGCCCCAACAGAUAGCAGCCGCUACAGCGGCGGCGCAGGCACAGUACCCUUAUGCGGCAGCAUACCAACAAAUGGGCUACUGGUACCCACCGGCGCAGAGCUAUCCGGCCCAGAUGCAAACGCAGUACAUGCAGCAGGGUUAUUAUCCUUAUGCCUACACUACCAGUGCUCAACAGGCAGGAGCUGUACCGGCCGGGUACCGUGUGAUGCCGCCAAAUAUGGCAUGGGGUGUGCCUGGCGCCACUGUGGUGCCAGGAGUGAGUGCCGCUGCUAGUGCGGCUGCUGCCGCGAACGGUUCGCUUGCCCCACAAAUGAUGUACAGCGCUGCGAUGCCACAAUAUCAAACCCAAUGAGCAGAGACAUGACGCCUGCUUCGACGCCGUCUGCAAUAUUCGGGCAGCCAGCAGCGACCGCAUCCGCAUCAACGUCCGCGAAAUUUACAACAGGCCAAUAUCGUGUUCGAGUCUGAAACUAUUAGUACUGAUGACAACAACAACAAUAACGACACAAGCAGCAGCAACAUCACCACAAUGACCGGGAAUUAAAAUCUGUUAUCGAGGAGACGCUUGACAUUUACCCUAAUGUUUCAAUUCCUAUCGUUUCUACACCUAAGCUAGCUACACACUGCAUUGUGCUCAGUUUAGUUCGCAUAGUGAGCUGCAUUACGUUAAGUUAAAAGCAGAAGCGUUUCGAAAAUUAACAUUGCAAUUUGUAUCAUCAUUCGCCGUAUGUUCUGCAGAUGUUUGUGUGUGCGAGCUGGUCGAAGCAAAGCGUUGAACUAAAAGUUGAAUCGCACGCAGCGUCAGCGGCAGCGGCAGCGCUCUGAAGCUCUGGGCGACGGGCGGGUAGCUGUAACAAUCUAAUCCAAUCUAAGUACAUGUUAAAAUAAUUUAAUGAUUUGUAAUUUAAGUCAGAUAUAGGCGUAUACAAGAAAAGGAAACAAAAACAAAACAACAAAAUACAAAACAAAAAAAUAAAGUUUAAACA